CAGGUUCUGAAAUGUAAACUUAAAGGAUUAUCAAUGACCGAUUGCAAUGUCCGCGUAUAGUGUUACUAUAAAAUGUAACCAAAACGUAGAUUGUACAUCAGUCACCUAAGAACAUUUCCAGCGUUUAGUUCUUUCAAACCUACAGUUUAGUAACAAUGAAGCUUUUCAUUGCCGUCAUUUCCCUGGUUCUCGCCAUCUGUGCCGAAGCGUCUCCUGCUCCAUACGCCCAUGAUGUAGUGGCCUACUCCAACCCAUGGCCACUGAAGACCAGUUCGGUUUGGCCAGCCUACGGUGGACUGUACAGCGGUAAGGUCACUGUAGUUCCGGAAGUUGCCUACGAAAAGUAUGCCUACCCGAAUGUGUACGGAAACUGGCCUGUCUACGGAAAGAACUGGGGAUACUCUUCUCCGGUUAAUGCUGUCGGAGCAAAAGUGGUUGACAACGGAUUGUGGAAUUACGGAGGAUAUGGUUAUGGAAAUGGAUACGGUCUGGGAUACAACAAGUACUGGCACUAACUUGACUGGAAUUGGACUGAUUGGAAGAAGUUUGGCAAUAAUAAAAACGGAAAAUUCUUGAAAAAUCUUACAA